AUGAGGAUACGCAUCCGCAGCCCGUCGGGCGUCUCGACGAUCAACCUCUCUGCGUCUGCCACAGUCAGCGACCUCCAGUCCAGCAUAACAAAAGAGACCUCUAUACCGGCCUUCGACGUCAAAUUCGGCUAUCCGCCGAAGCCACUCGACCUCACCCAGUUCGACCCAAGUAUCAAGCUCAGCGAUACCGGUCUCAAACUCGACGGCGAGCAGCUCAUUGUCAUCGCGCGCGACAUCCAAAGCGAGAUCUCCAGCUCACUAAAAGGCACGACACCCGCCAAGAGUGAAGCAGCCAGUCUACCCGGCUCCAAAGCAGCACAGGUCGUACCACCCAAGCCAGCACCUAUACCCUCAGAGCCAUACGACCAACCCUUAUCCCUUACGCGCAAACCCACAAGUAAAGACAUGAAGGAUCCGCCCGAGAUCCCCGUCCCCACGCACGACGCAACAAUGGUCCUCCGCAUCAUGCCUGACGACAACAGCUGCAUGUUCCGUGCACUAGGCUCAGCCGUUUUGGGCGACAGCCUAGACAGCAUGCACGAGCUACGGUCAGCGGUCGCGCAGGGGAUCCAGGCCGACCCGGACCUAUACUCGGAGGCCGUACUGCAGAGAAAGCCUGAUGACUAUUGUCGCUGGAUCUCGAACGCGGAUUCCUGGGGCGGAGGCAUCGAGCUCAGCAUCUUGAGCCAACACUUCGAUGUUGAGGUCUGCAGUAUCAACGUGCAAGAUCUGCGCGUAGAUAAAUUCAGCGAGGGAAGACCGAGGAGGAUCAUCCUAGUCUACUCAGGCAUACAUUACGAUACCAUUGCGUUGAGCCCGAGCGAACCGCCGCAUCGGAAGGCGGAUCUGGGACCUGAAUUCGAUAUCAAGAUGUUUAGUUCGUAUGAUGACAUCAUCCUUGAGAAAGCAAGGGAGCUCUGCAAGGUAUUGAAAGAGAGACACUACUACACUGACACCACUGGGUUUGACAUCAAGUGUGAUGUCUGCGGGUGGCAAGGGAAGGGCGAGGUAGCUGCUCAGCAGCAUGCAGAGGAGACAUCCCACACAGCGUUCAGCGAGGCCAAAUAG